AUGCUGAUUUAUUGCCGCAGUGGCCGUUGGCUGGGUCCUCCUCCUCUUUGGCUGCGGUCAGGCCCCGCCUGUGUUAAACAUUCCCUCCCCGAAAGACAGGGCUGGGGUUUCAUAUUUCAUUUCCCUUGGAAGCUCUUCCCCAAUCCCAGUCACAACUCCAGGGUCUGGCUGUUUGUUGGCCCCCGGCGGCCCAGAGAGCAGAGCCCAGGGAGUGAGGUUUGACCGGCCCCGAGCUCGGAAAGCCUGGACAUGAGGACGUGGGUCUUCCUUCCCCUCUGCAGCAUCUUGGCCAUCCCCAGACUGUCGGAGGGCAGAAUCGUCAAGGAGGACGAGAAAGGGUUCGCCGAGUGUAACCGGUUCUUCUAUGAGGGGACCCCGCCUGAAGGAUGGACAGAGCCUUUCCAUGUGAAGAUCUGUCAGAGGUUCGGCCGAGGGGAGCGAUUCGCCACACUCUACAGUACCCGCCACAAGAUCCCUGUUUACUCGGCUUUUCGCUACUCCAAACCUGGAGGCAGCAGGGAGGAGAGCUGGAUGAUCGAACCACAGCUAGAUGAUCCCCACAGUGACUUGGAGGAAAUGACGCAGGAAGCCGAGGCGGCCGGCUCCAUCCCCAACCUUGGAAGCCAACAAGCCCUAAAUAAGGACUACCUGGAUUCUGGUUUCCAGAGGGGACAACUGUACCCCAACUCUCUGAACAGCAAUGACUUCCAGGCGGCGACCUUCACCCUCACCAACGCGGCCCCCAUGACCCAGUCCUUCAUGGAGAGGUGGUACCGAAGCAUGGAGAGCAUCGUGGAGCGGGCCCUGACCCCCCAGUGUGGGAACGGGGACCAGCUGUAUUUGAUCGCGGGUGCUGUGCCGGCUGCCGGCCGGGUGGGGGACGCGGUGGCCGUCCCCGAGUUCGCCUGGCUGGCCGCCUGCUGCGGCCUCCCCGGCGGCUGGUCCAUGGGCUUCACCAAGCAGGCGGGCGACGGCGACGUUGUCGAAGACGUGAUGGUGAGGGAUCUGGAGCAGCUGCUCCCCUCAUGGCCCCGCCUGUUCCGGAACAACUGCGGGGAGGCCGACCAAGACACGGAGAAGGUGAAGAAGAUCCUGGAGAUGGUGAACCAGGUCCAGGACGAAGAGCGGAGAGGUCAGACCUCCCCAGGCACCCAGCCUCUGUCCACCAUGAGGAGUCUCAAGUCCACACAGGAGCAGUCCGAGCUGCUCCGGGAGGAGGGGGAGGAAGAGGGCCAGGCGGGGCAGGAGGUGGGGAAGGACCCCAGCUUGUUGCGGAAGGGAGCCGGUCUUGUCACCACCCCUUUCACCAAGGUCUUCCAACUGCUUUAUUACCUCGUGUGGGGAACUGUGAAGAACCUUUUCUCUUUCCUGGAGUACGUGAUCCGGCAGUUCCUCAACGUGCUGUGGGGCGGCGUACACGGCCUGGGCUCCGCCACCCUGUCGUACUUCACGGCCAUCGGCGAGGAGCUGGUGAGCAUCCCCUGGAAGGUGGUCCAGGUCCUAGUGAGGAUCAUCCGGGGCUUCCUGCACAUCCUCUGCUGUCUGCUGAAAAGCAUCUGCCGAAUCCUGAGCAUCCCGGCCGGAGUCCUGGUGGACAUCGCCAGUUUCCCCGUCUACACCCUGGGCGUCAUCCCGACCGUCGGCAAAGACAUCGCCCUGGGCCUGGGUGGCUCUGUCUCCUUGCUCUGGGACGCCACUUUUGGAGUCUUUGGCGGUCUGCUCCAGGGCCUUCUGAGCAUCUGCUCGCGGAUUGGGUACAAGGUUUCUCCUGACAGCUCUGGGGAAUAAAAAAGCGAAAAAAAAUCAAGGUUCAUUCGUGAAAGAAACAAAAGACACCCACAUCCCCAACAGCAGGCACUUUGCUUUCCAGCGUGUUGACUAUCCGCUCUCACUUCGCAUGGUAUUUUUGGCCUUGGACUCAAAUAAGAGGGAAGGUGAAUCUGAUGUUGGUGAACCGUCUGUAAUGGUGAAACGUCACGUCACAGGGUAGAAGCAAAUCCCCUUUGAUUUUUCAUUGUCUACGGCCAGGAAAAGGCCGAUGUGUGCUUCGGGGAAGAGUCACCCUAGUAGAUAUGUCGAUUGCUGAAAGCGAAGGAGCCAAUAGUCAGAACCAAAGUGCAGCCUCAGCAUAGAACAGGCAAUUUUUCCUUUCCCCUCCUGCCUGACCCACCUUUAUGGAUUAAACACCAAAGCCCCCUAGUGUUAGUUUCUCCUUUCUGAGUUGUUUGCUUUCCAAGGAGCACUGUCUUGGGGGGGAUUUGCCAUGCUGAAGAACUCACAGUUUCCUUUACUUAGGUGACAGUGCUUGUUUUCCAAUGACCCUCAGAACAAGGGAUCCAUUCAAGUUGUAUUUUCACUGAGUGUUCUAGGCUGGCAAGCAAGAUUUUUGCCAGCAGAGUAAAGAACUACGAUCUAGUACGAUCCUGUGGGACCAAAGCUUUAACCAAGGGAAUGCUCAUUUGGGCUGACGAUUCGGAAACAAGGGUCCUGCCUCACUCUGGGUGGGUUGGUUUGUGACUCCGUUGCCCUUUCAGCAUAGAGGAAAGCUGGGGCUGAAUUAGAGCACUUGGAAGCCCGUAUUGAAGAUCACGGUAUUCAACUAACAGGGUCAUUAGUUGAGACCGUGAGGAAACCUUCACGAGUAGUUUUCUUCAAUAUUAAUGCAACACUCAGAAAGGAGGAAAAAACUUUUCGGUGAAUCCUAAAAAAAAAUUUCUAGUAAAAGAAUACACGGCCAGAGCAAGGCCAGAUGAUGGAUUUUCAACUUCAGUAUCACCAGUUAAAGGGAUGGUGACUGGAGAAGUGACUCCAUUAUCUUCCUACAAAAGAAGGGCUCCCAAAGUCACUGCUUAAAGCACAUUAUCCCUUAAGAAGAUGUUUAAGAAGAUUAUCCCUUAAGAAGAUGGACAACUUGGAGAUGUGUUUUGCAGAUCCACUAUGCACCUUCUAGACUGUAAUCUCCCUGUGGGCCAGAAAUAUGUCUACUAAAUCUGUUACACUGUACUCUCCCACGCACUCAGUACCAUACUCUGCACAUAUAAACGCUCAAUAAAUACCACUGAUGGAUCAUCCCUGGAGUUCUCAUUCAGCAAAGAUCUCCAGAAAAUGGGAAGCCAAGUGGAAAGGCAGCUGCUUCCUUAUUAUCCACAAAUGGGCUAUCCAUUCUAAGGAUGAUCCACAAAUUUGUUGGCAUUUUUUUUCUUAAAAGGAACCAAACUCCCUUCUGGCCUUCUCCUAUUUAGUGGCUCUUGUGUCUCUCUCCAGGGCUGCCACAAGGCUGCCCCCCAUCUCUCCAUCACCCCAGUGAGGCCCAACUUUCUUCUCCUGCUGCCAAGGGAGUUCUAAACUGGUUAACAUUCUCCACACCUCUUCUCUUCUCCAUGAGCCUGGACAAUUGGCAGUGACCUGCGUAAUCUCCCUUCUUGACCCCUCGCAACUCUUAAGCAGGCAUAGAAAGCCAUUCCUCUCCCCAAGGGCAUGAAUUUAAGGUUUUCUGGGGUCAUUCUGAGCAGUCUAUCUGGCUCUUUAGAUAUUCACAGAUCAGGAGGCAAUAUCUACCUGAUCAAUCAACGACUGGUAUUUACAGAAUGUCCAUUUUGUCCAGCAUACUGCAAUGACCACUUUAGCCUGGAAAAAGGGGUUAGUGAUAGCCAUCAGAUUGGUUGAUGACAGUAACUUAGCAAAGAGAAGAUUGAUGAGUUGCUAUAGUGGUGUUAAGUACUUAACUAUGUGCAGAGCAAUGUAUUGAGCGUUGACUAGCAAUGAAAGAUAAUAGCCUGAGGGAAGCUGAGCCUUAACCAGGUUGGGAUUGUAGCUUUGUAAAAGAGUAAAGGAGUUUCAAGUGUGAAAGAUAGUUUUCGCUUGGUCUCUGUGCCCUCACUCCCGCUCCAGCCAACCAAAAUAAUCAAAGUGACAUUCUGGGAAAUAUCCUGGAAAAUCUGAUUCUUUCCAUUUUAGGGCAUUCAUAGCUUUCACAAUGUCUUGGGGCUCGGAGAAUGCUUCCCAAAAGUCCUUCUCUGAUCAUACCCACUUGGAAUAGUAGGGGGUUGAUAAAUACCAUUUAUUGAUUGAUUGUACCCCACAGUGCCACCUCAACCCUUCCAUCCUACCUAAGCCCUUCAGCUCCCCCAGCCCUGGUAGCAUUUAUGUUCAUGUCUUUUAUGUUCUCAUUACUCACCCUUUCUGUAAUUUAUGGACUUGUUUGUCUCUGCUAGACUGAAAGCUCCUUGAGGGCAGGGAUUGUCUUCUUUUUGUACUGUCCUUUCUAUACUCAGUAGGAGUUUGAGACAUGUUACUGAUGCUUGAGGAGAAGGGGUGGGGAGAGAGGGGAGUUGGGAAAGACAAGUGGGAGGAAGAGGAAACUUGCCUGAAGUCCAACCAUCCACUCCGGGAGUGAAAAUGGGUUUAUCCACAGGACAGAGAUUCUAAACCUUUCUCAUAGUUUCCUCCUUUUUGUUGUUUGUCAUUACUUCUCCGACCCAUCUUUCCCCCAACCUGGGAUUUUCUUUGCACUGUUUGGUCCUGGUAUACCAAAACCUUCUGGGUUAGCCGAGAUAGAAAAAUGAAGCAAAAGACCAAUGGAGCCAAAUACUUUCUUCAGCUUGAAGAAAUGAGCUCUUCAUACAAUGCACUGAACCUGUCUGCUGUCCUUUAUUUCCCAUCCUAUUUGCCAUGAGGAAGCAGGCUCGUGGUGAGAAAGGAAUGCGUCUACCCACUCUGUUGUAACGUACUCUCCCGACCGUCACGGGAAGUGCUCAAUAAAUACCACCAAUCAAUUGAUGGGAGCAGAUCGCUGUGCAGCACAUCCAAUUCGGUUCAUCUCGAGGUGGAGGUGAUUGCCAUGGUAAAUCCCACCUCUGAGGAAACCCACUGCCGUUCUGCGUUGUUCUCUGUAUGACUUAGGUCACCCAGUCCACUCUGGAUGACUUGGGAGCUGUUCGUUUGGUUUUUGUGGGUAUCCAGGGUGGCUGUUUGCUGCUUCUGCUUCUCCCAAGCAUCAUGUGACUUUUGACUGCUCUCUAGACUACUGCUCGUUAACAGCUUCACCGGGAGAGCUCAGCGGGUCGGGGUGUGUGGGAAGAGCAAGGAAGGAAAGCAACAGAGAUGGGGCCCAAAAAGCAAUUCUCAGUGGACUCUCUCUCCCGUGGAAUUCAAAUAAAUAUGAUGGACCAACUGCAGGAAAUUAGCGUAGAGCUAGCAAACUUGGGUGAAAUGCUCUGGAUGAGGCAGGAGGGAGGGUGGUGACAUUAUUGGCUAAGAUGAAAUUUGAGUACUACUUGAAUUUCACUCCUCUGAGGUCUGCUGGUACUCCAUUAAUGUGGAUAAUUGUCCAAAAAAUACUGAGUUUGGGCUUGUAAUAUAGUCUUCCCUUCAUGUACGCUUUGCACCCACUCUAUUUUUAAAUUCAAAAGUAUACGAGGGAUAAACGGGAUAAGGGAUGGUAAGUAUUGCUAUCAUCUUUUAUUGGAGCCCGGUCUUCGGCUCGGGCAUUUUGAAAAUGCAGGAUUUGUGAUACCAGCUGGUCAUAACAAGACAAGAAGGCCUUUGGUGAUGUAGGCUGAGCCAAGGUUUACACCUUAAUUUAUUUUAUUUUGAAUUCAGCAGAUGGAUAUGGGGUUGGGGUGCAACCAGCCUCUGGGAGAAAUCUGAUCCCGGCCAACAAAUUUCUUUAGCACUUAGAACAGUGCUUGGGAAAUAGUAAGUGCUCAACGGAUACCAUAAUUAUUUAUUCUCUGUGGCCUUGUAACACGGUUUGACCAUCUCCAAAAGGACAAUUCUGUUGCAUUAAACUAGGCAAACUUGGGGGACAACAGAGUUGUGGAUGGAGUUUCGGUACAGAGGAUUUCUAAGAAUUAGAAACAGCUUCUGUGACAUCACUGGUGGUGGGAGGUGUAAUUAUGGGUAGGUCAAAGGUGCUUCUCCUGCCUAUCCCUCCUCUAGAAAAGGGCAAAAAAAUGCAUGUUUUCCAACAGGCCAGGGGACAAGGUAGCCCAACCCUGCUUUUGCCCCAUCUGUGAGCAGACACCAAUGUCUGUUCCUGGACAGGGCGCAGCAUCUGCUAGGCACUUGAUUAAAGUUCCGUAGUAAUAGUAAUAAUGUGAGGAAUUAUUGGAAUCAAUUAGUAACCACUACAAUGCGGAGCUGGUUCUUUCACAGAUGAAUUUGCUAAUAUUUUGAGCAGGUAUUCCAACCCCUAUAUGUGUAGUUUCUACAAAAGGCAACAAGAUUGGAUUGCGUUUUCAUUCAUUUUUGACCUAAACCUUGGCCCGAAACAUGCUUGUCAUUUUCACUAGCCAAAAAAUAAACCCACCGUUCAAAGGAGAUAUUU